AUGCUGAAAGUCCUCUCCUUACUUCUGGGUGUUCAGGCUCUCUUAAGUGCUGUCGUACAUGCCCAGCAGGGGUCAUACGUUCAAGUACCGCUGUCGUCUUCGCCAAAUGAUGGAGUAGUCCAAAAAAUACCGAAGGCUAUCACACCUGAAUUUUCGAAGUUUGUCGAAAUUUUGAUGAAGGAAGGAGGGGUACCUGGGUUGGCGUUGGGUGUGGUACAUGCGACUGGAGAAACCGAGUAUGGCGCUUGGGGCAUUAGGUCUGAGGAGGGAGAAAUGAUGAGUACGGAUACAACGAUGUACCUUGCUUCAUGCUCCAAAGCAUUUCUUUCCGCCUCCAUGGGCAUCCUCAUGGAUGAUUUCGCUCAGGGACGGAACGUCACCGCUCUCCCGGAUGGUGUGAACAUUUUUGAUUGGGAUACGAAGAUUAAAGAACUACUUCCAGAGGAAUGGGUGCUCAUGGAUAAAUGGAUGGAGCAGAAAGCGAACGUGAGGGAUGCCUUAAGUCAUUCCACUGGCAUGUAUAGGCAUGAUUUGUCGUAUGGACCGAGAGAGACACCUACUGAGAUCAUUGGCAAGAUGAGGUAUCUAAAACCUUCGUUCGAGCUGAGGGGCCAAUACGCGUACAACAAUCUGAUGUAUAUGCUUGGUUCCCAUAUAAUCGCCACCUACUCCAACAUGCCAUACACUUCUUUCGUAUCCCAACGCAUUUUCAAGCCCCUCAACAUGUCCUCCACAACGUACUCCGCGAACGAAGCGAAUGGAUGGGGGAGAGCCACGCAGAGCUGGGCACCAUUCGGGAGGAGAAUCCCAGUAUGGUUUGGUGACGAUAACAUCAUGUUGAACUCAGGGCCUGGUGGUGUGAUUUCGUGCGUCGAUGACUUGGAGAAGUGGGUCCGCACGCUCCUCAAUUCGGGCGUAGAUCCGAGAACGAACAAGACCAUAAUACCACGUUCGGCUUUCGAGGAGGUUACUACGGCGCAUGUCAUUGAUACUGGCAAGCCUUCCUCUGCGCUGGAGUCUAUCCAAGGCUACGGAAUGGGUUGGUGGCGGAACUCUUACCUUGGUCACGACGUAGUGGCUCACUCCGGCAGUAUCCCAGGCGUUGCGACACGUAUUUCAUUCUUGCCCAGUGAUGGCCUCGGCAUCAUCGUCCUCGUCAACGCGGACGACAAGGCAUCUGUCGCGACUAUCCCGAUUACACAGAAGAUUAUUAGUAACCUGCUUGAGCCUACUACUGACGGCGUCGAACAUCGUACGGAACAAAUCGAAAUUGAGCGGUGGUCAUCUCAAGAACCGAACAUCUCUCUUCGCCGACCCGGCACCGGAAGGAACCGGGCGGUGAAUAAAGACGAACUUGACAUAAACCUCGAAGCAUACACCGGGACGUAUAACAAUUCGGGUUACGGUUCCUUCACUCUCUGCACAGCGUACAGCACGUCGCAAUAUUGCACCGAAGUACUGUCCAACUUUACUACCGUCGACUCCCACAGAAUCGCCGCGGAAGCUUCCGGACCCUACACGAGAAACAGUGCAAAAGAGCUUUAUGCCUCUUUCCCCCGCCUCUGGUCUUCCCAUCUCCGGUUCGUUCAUCUCGAGGGUCAGAAGUUCGUUCUUGAGGCUACGAAUUUAUUUCCGGAGGGAUAUGGCAGGGAUAAGAGUCCGUUUGAGGCGAUGUCGGAUGGCAGUACGGGUGGUGUGGCAGUUGAGUUCGUCGUGGGCGUAGGGGGCCAAGAGGAGCAAGAGAAUGGAGGGAGAGUUCAAGGUUUCGGUCUCAUGGAUCUUAUGGAGGGUAAGACCGCGAGGACGGCUAGGGAGAGGGGAAGUAGUGUGCGGGAGAGGGCCGAUGUGUGGUUUGAGAGGUCUUAA